AUGGUGGCUAAGGGAUUGUUACUGCAAUUCGAUGUGGUUCGAACAUACCAUAAUGAAAUGGAUCUUUCAUGCAACAAUCUGACCGGAAACAUUCCGUCAGUAUUAGGCCUCCUGCAAGGGCUCUACGCACUUAAUCUCUCCCAUAAUGGUCUCUCUGGUAACAUCCCGUUUACCAUAGGGAACAUGAGUCUCCUUGAAUCUCUGGACCUCAGUUACAACAAUCUAAGUGGAGAAAUCCCGAGUUCAUUGACUCGGCUGGAUUCAAUUACGACAUUAAACUUGGCAUUCUUGUGUGGAGCUCCUGAUGGUAUCGACUGUGACGACAACGACGAUUUCCCAACGUCGAAAUCACCUGAUGGUAUUGAAGAUCAAUCCGGAGAGUGGAGAUUACUGCUGGCUGUUGUGUUUGCAGGGUAUGUAGUUGGCUUCUGGGGGCUUUUCGGGGUUGUUUACUUGGUGAAUAAGAGAUGGAGGGAGGCUUACUGGGAAAUUGUUGAUCGAAUCGUAGCGGAAAUCAUCAGAUGCAUUAAAAGCAGACUAUCUUCUGAUUAA